UUUCCAAGAUGGAUGCGCCCUAGUGUAACAUAAAUAACAAAAAAUAUCGUUGUCUAUACCAAUGGCGCUUGUGAUUGCAUUCUGAAAUUGUUCGUAUGAUGACUAAAUACGUUGUAGUCGGUGGUGGGAUAGCAGGAGUAACUUGUGCCGAAACUUUGUCAUCCUUGUGCCCAGAAGAUGAAAUUCUUCUCAUCACUGCUUCACCUUUGAUAAAAGCCAUCACAAAUUAUAAAAAGAUCACUAAAACAUUGGAGGAAUUCGAUGUGGAAGAGAGGCCAAAUAUUUCAUUACAGUCCAAAUGUGAGAAUGUUAAAGUGGUCCAGAAGAGUGUCAGUUCCCUCGAUGCCAAGUCACAUGUUCUGAGGCUAGAUGACGGACAGGAAGUGGUCUAUCAGAAAAUUUGUCUCUGCACCGGCGGCAAACCCAAGCUUAUUGCAGACCAAAACCCAUAUGUAAUCGGGAUCCGCGAUACUGAAAGCGUGCAGGAGUUUCAGAAGCGGCUCUCAACAGCCAGAAGGGUUAUGGUGGUAGGCAAUGGUGGAAUUGCGACGGAACUUGUGUAUGAGAUAGAAGGAUGUGAAGUGAUCUGGGCUAUUAAGGACAAGUCUAUCAGCAGUACUUUUGUGGACCCUGGGGCUGGGGAAUUCUUUAUGGCCGAGCUGAACAAAAAGAAAAAGACACAAGAAGUAAAACCCUCCAAACGGCUCAAAUAUACAGUAGAUGAUAUAAAAAAACCUGGGUCAGACAACUCACCAAUCGGAGGAGCUCUAGGUCCUGAUUGGUCAGCUGAUUUAUCCAUGACGGGCACGCAAGAGAUCUCUCACUGUGUGACUGUAGAGAAAUGUGUUGAGGUUCGGGCCAUACACACCAAGCAGGAGUUUGAGGAGUCAGGCAAACGUUGCUGUGACUUGUCCGGCAAUCCAGAUCAAGGUUCCUGGCCUAUUUACAUAGAGCUGACCAACGACAAGGUGUAUGGCUGUGAUUUUUUGGUCAGUGCAACAGGGGUGGUCCCAAAUACAGCACCAUUUCUACCCGGUAAUCAGUUUUUGUUAGCUGAUGAUUCUGGGAUACGAGUAGAUGACAUGAUGAGAACAUCAGAAAAAGAUGUGUAUGCAGCUGGUGAUGUUUGUACUGCAGGCUGGGAACCAGCCAAACACUGGUUGCAGAUGCGUUUGUGGUCCCAAGCAAGACAGAUGGGAGCUUACUCGGCACAGUGUAUGGUGGCUGACAUGCAGGGUCAGCGCAUUUCUCUAGAUUUCUGUUUUGAAGUCUUUGCCCACGUCACAAAAUUCUUCAAUUAUAAAGUCAUUCUUCUAGGAAAGUUUAAUGCUCAAGGCCUUGGACGUGAUUAUGAAAUUCUACUGAGAGUAACGAAAGGGUUAGAGUACGUUAAGGUUGUGCUACGAGACGGUCGGAUGGAAGGUGCAAUUCUAAUAGGAGAGACCGAUUUAGAAGAAACCUUUGAGAACCUGAUUCUAAACCAGACAGAUCUCACCCCUUUCAAAGAUCAUCUUUUAGAUCCAGAUAUUGAUAUAGAAGAUUUCUUUGAUUAAUAAAUUUGUAUUUAUAUGUGUAAAUAUUUGUAAAUAAUAAAUUAUAUCGUAAGAAAAUAU